UUUCUUAUCAUUUAAAAGUGUGAUAGCGGUAAAGAAUAGUGGACAACAAGAAAGAAAGGAUGAACGCGUGUUUCUAUGACAACGCUGUCUGUAAGGGUCGCCUAAAGGCCCAAUUGAAAGUUUCGCGGAAGUUGGUCUGAAACGUCCGACUAGAAGAAAUUAUAAAAACGAUCCGACUAUUUCUACUCAGACACAUAUAUUCCAAACCAUGUUCCCCAAAAAAAUUGGGAACAUGGCUUGAAAUACACAACGAUAUGGUGUUACUCCUGAGAGAAGCCAGACAACCUUGGAUGUAAGGAAGACACCGAGAGAAACAGCAUUAGCUACUAUGAGAACGAUAAUAGGCUACAACCGAUGCUUUACCUCCUCAUCUGCUAGAAAGGGCAAAUAAAUGUGGUUGUAAUAAGUACCUUUCUUAAAAGUUUUGAUCGGAGUUUACUUGCAGUGGGAACCUCAAACAUAUCAGACUUGUUCUCUGUUUUGACCCCAGAUAGCACUUCAGUUUUUUAUUGUUCUGUCAUAUGAUAUGUCCACCUGUUGCAUUUGUUUUUUUGCCAGCAGUGCGUCUAAGAAAGUAUCGCAUCUGUAGUAGAAACGGCAAAGAAAAUGAAGAAGACUAUCGAAGAACGAAAGAUUGAUGGAAUAAUUGAUGUAGUACUCACAUUGCAUUAUAACAGAUUUCAUAUGACGUCAUUGUUAACGUUUAACCCGCAAAAUGGUUUAUUUGGUCCCCAUACAAUUCAGGGCGAAUUCCAAAAAGAGCAAGAAAAGUUUGUUCUCGGAAAAAAAAAAGCUAAACAGACCUCACCCCUUUACAUUGCUCUUAUCCAGUAUUAACAUGAUAGCAAAUUAAGUAUAUUAAACCGAUAGAACUCCAUCGUUGGCGUUGCAGUACCAACAUGGAUGGGUUUCAAUGACACACAACAACAAAUCUAACCCUUUCAACAAGGAGGAAGUUCCGGACUGGGAUAAGGAGCUGCAGGUAGAGGUGGUGGCUGAUGCAGAGGCUCGCAACAACCACAUGAGGAGGAAAUAGGAAAUAAUGCUGCAAGAAGACCUCGAGGUGGAAAAGCUUCCUCCCCAACACUCCUGUCUCACGGCAUCCCUCUCUUUCUUCAACUUCUUUUUGAUGGCUGAAAUCUAUGGACGAAAAAAGACAUCUGCCGCGGCUUUGGGGACCACAAUGAUGCAGAUACAUUUUGACCUUAUCUCAUUGUACCUUGUAUAAUGGCCAGGUGUAGAUCAUUUCUGUCGUUUUCAGGUUCCUUAAUAUGGAAUUAAUAUGGAAUGGGUCACCAGAGUAGAAGCCAAUGAAGGCUUUUUAAGUAGAUGGAUAUCUUGCUAAAAAAAGGCUGUAUAGUGCCUCAUAAAUUAUAUUUGUAUCCGGAAAUCCAGAAAUAUAAACCUUUUGUCUGUUUCUUGUUUUUUAUUGUUAACAAGGUCUUGCUUUGCUUUUGCAUUUCAAUAUUAUAAUUGUUAUUCUCUAAAUGUCUUAUUGUGAUAUGAAUAAAUACUUUUUCUUAUGUUGCUUAUUAUUUUAACAUGUUAUUUAUUAAUAAAUUAACAUUCAAUUUCGUGAUCUAGACUUUACAGUGGAUCGUUUAAAAGGCCCAGACAGUGGUCUCUGUUGAAUGUUCUAGACUCGUGGCCUGGACGGUUAGGUCCUCGAGCCAUGAAAUCGAGGGUUAGACAACUUUGAGGCCAAGUCAAUCAACAGUUUGCAGUUUGAAUUGUAACGUAAACGUUUGUUUAGAUUAUGACGACCAAAACCGAACAGCCCAUUCCGUGGAAAACGACAAUCAUUGCCAGUUCAUCACUUCAGAACCACGAUGUGAUAGCGACACUGAAAGGACAGCAACAUCUCAUCAGAUUUUCAGACAGCGUCGAAUGUGGCGCCUUCAUUUUCCCGCUAUCAGGAAUUGCAUUUUUGUUGGUGUGCCUGGAUGAACUUCCUGAAAAUGUAAAUGAGACCGGACUUUUUGAAAAGAUAACAAACUUUAUCAAAGUCCAUCGGAACAGCUUCCUACUUCUCUAUGCGCCAUUUAACGGGAAGCGAGAACUGGAAAUCUUAUCAGAUAUUCAACAGAGAUUCUUUGCCAGCAACCUGAGAAUUCUUCCUGUGCGGAACAAUGGAGACAUCAUCAAAGGAAUGUUGACCAUCUCUAAGGCCACCAGCAAGCCCAAUGUGGACACCAUUCGAGACCGUCUGUCUUUGGCCAGAGCCCACAUCAUUGAACGCAGCCCAGUGUGGCAGAUGCUUAAAGAUGUGAAACUGGGGUAACAAAUAUAACAAGAGUUCUAAUGUCAAGUUCAGUCAUAAGACAAAACGUCUUAAAGGAGCCUUUUUAAUGUAAAACAUAAAAUUCUCCUCUAUUUUCUUCUAUUAACUUAUAUUGUAGUUCCACUGUUUAAAUGAUGUUGGUAUAUUUUUCUUCAGAAAAGGAAAUGUAUUGAAAUAAUAAAAGAAAAUCCAAAAUACCAUUUAUUAAAGAUCCUCAGUGAAAUAUAUAAAGAGAAGCCUUUGUUUUGGUCAAUGCUGUGCCCUGCAAUUGGUUGAUUGGGGUGUCUUAACUAUUUCAGUCUUUAAAAUGAAUCUCCUUAAUUUACACUCUUGGC